CGACAGUUCCAGUAGCCGGAAGUGCAGACACUGCAGAAUUUUAAUACAGCGAUAGGUCAGGAAAAAAUUGGAUAGAAAAUACAUUAAAAUAACGCUAAAUCACUGUGAACAUUUGAUUAUUAAUCACCAGCGGCGCCAUGGCGCUCAAUAAAAACAAUUCUGAGAGCGGUGGUGUUAUUAUCAACAACAGUGAAAGCAUCUUGAUGACAUACGACCACGUGGAGCUGUCCUUCUGUGAAUCUGAAAACAUGCCUGAAGCUUUCAAAGGGACCAAGAAAGGGACUGUUUACAUGACCCCUUACAGGGUCAUUUUCCUGAGCAAAGGCAGAGACCCCAUGCAUUCCUUCAUGAUGCCGUUCUACCUGAUGAAAGGCUGUGAGGUGAAGCAGCCAGUGUUUGGAGCAAAUUACAUCAAAGGGUCUGUGAGCGCAGAGCCUGCAGGAGGAUGGGAGGGCUCUGCUACCUUUAAAUUAAUCUUUACAGCAGGGGGUGCUAUUGAGUUUGGACAGUACAUGUUGCAAGUGGCAUCACAAGCUUCCCGGGGCCAGACUUCCUGCGGUGCCUACAUGCCUAAUGGAGCUUAUGCCUACCCUCCACCCCCUGCCAAUGGGAUGUAUGCAGGCCCUCCACCAGACUACCCCUGGCACCCUCCUUCAGCUGGUUUUUACCCUGCACCCCCAACUAUGGAUGGAACUAUGCCCUACAUGCCCCCACCCCCCUACUCUGGACCACUGGAACAGCCCCCACUAAAUGCAAGCCUCCCCAACACUACAGCAGCUGAAGCAAAGGCAGCUGAGGCUGCAUCGAGCGCCUACUGCACUCCAGCUAAUCCACACAAUGUCUACAUGCCACAGGACCAGCCUCCUCCAUACUCCCCACCAACGGACAAGAAGAAUCAGUAAACCGAAAGGACUUCUGUUCCAACAAAGCCCUUCACUCAUUCUAGCAUUGCUUCACCCCUCUCCCUAUUGGCUGAGCUUGGCUGAGAGGUAUUCCAUGAAAUCCGCAGUCUCCGUUUAGUGUCCCUCACAUGUCUGCUACUGAUAAGAAUGUAGAGCACUUUUCAUUUGUAGAUCACUCUAGCAUGGAUUAAUUCAUGGAAGAAUAGAUUUUGCUAACAGAACCGAAUGUGGCUGUGUUGGAGUGGAAAAGUAUUCACUGAUAUGUCACAGUUCUAAUUGUGUAAUGAAAUUAGGGUGUGCCGAUACUUUCUGAGUAAUUGCCUUUAAGAAGUAUUUGUCGGCAGAUUUUAAAUAAAUCCUUUCGUUUCAUUUCUUGAUUUCAAAACAAGAAAAGCUGACCUUCCAUCACUUUUACACCUGUACCUGUAAGUGGCAAUUAACUUCUACGUUGACUGUUUUAAAAGCUGAUUGGAAGCAAAUUUU